AUGCAGUCCCGGCCCCGCUCCGCCACCGCCGUGCCCCGCCGGGAAAUGCAGUCCCGGCCCCGCUGCGCCGCCGGAGCCGGGCGGAGCGCGCUGGAAGUGCUGCUGGCCCGGCCCUGGAAGCCGUCAGCGCCAGGCUGGAUGUGGAGCGUCCUGCCCUACUGCAUCCCUGCUUCGGUGGAGAUCCCGGCUCCGGUGCCAGGGGCUCCUGCACUCCCCCCGCCCAUCCCGGGGCAGGUAACGGGAAAGCCUCGUCGCCGAGAGGUUGGGAUGGAGGGAGGCGCCCGCUGCGCCCCCGCGGAGGGCUCGGCGGGGAGGGGGCGCGGGGGCGGCGUGCCAAUGGCUGCGCUGCCCCCUCCUCUGCCCCCACCCCGCCGCCGGCCCCUCCGCCUCCCCGGCCGACCCUCCUCCCCGCCGCUCACUCCGCGCCGCCAGCGCCGAGCGUGCGGCUCCGGAGCGGCCCGGCUGCGCGCCCGCGCUGCGCUCCGCGGCUCCGCGCCGGGAGCCAGCAGGUCUCCGGGAAGCGCGGAGGGUGGUGGGAUGCCGGAAUGCCCGGACCGCGGGGCCAAGGCGGCCCCCAUCCAUCAUAAAAUCUCCUUCUCCAUCUUAGACAUCCUGGAUCCCCAGAAAUUCAGCAGAAGACGCGAACCGGCCUCGGGGAGCUGGGGCAGCGCCCCCCGCUCGGGCGAGCGGGAGAAAAGUUUGGGAAGAGUUGAAGUAGGAAAGGACGCUGCUGCUCCCGGCAGCGGGAAGAAUAAACUAGAGGCACAUGAUGCGCACGCCCCGGCGGAGAGCGGCGCCGAGGACGCGGGGCAGGAGCGCGACGAGGAGGACCCGAGCGGGGACGGGACCGGGGCCGCGAGCCCGCCCGGGCCGGAGGAGCCGGGCUCGCCGCGGAGCGCCCGGCGGCGGCCGGGCCCGCUCCGAGCCGAGCCGCCCGAGGCCGGGGCCGUGCCGCCGCCCCCGCCGCCUCCGCCGCCCGUGGGGGCGCAGCCCGGCCCGCAGGCCAAGCCCAAGAGGAAGCGGACGGGCUCGGACUCCAAGUCGGUUCAAGUCCACGCGCCGCGGAGCGCCCGGCGGCGGCGGGCAGAGCCGGGCUGCGGCAAGCCGCGGCGGGCGCGCACCGCCUUCACCUACGAGCAGCUGGUGGCCCUGGAGAACAAGUUCCGAGCCACGCGGUACCUGUCGGUCUGCGAGCGCCUCAACCUGGCGCUGUCGCUCAGCCUGACCGAGACGCAGGUGAAGAUCUGGUUCCAGAACCGCCGCACCAAGUGGAAGAAGCAGCACCCGGGCGCCGACGGGGCGGCCCCCGCAGCAUCCCCCGCGGCGGCGGCGGCGGCGAGCGGCGGCAGCCCCAGCCCGCCGGGCCCCGCCGCUCUGCCCUUCCAGACUUUCCCGUCCUACGCCGCCGCCAACGUGCUGGUGCCGCCGGCCGCCCCCUUCCCGCUGGGCGCCGGCCCCUUCGCGCCCUUCCUGGGCCCCGCGUACCUCGGCCCCUUCUACGCCCCGCACCUCUGA